UCAGAUAAAUACACACGAGAUGCUGAAAACUGUGACAACAGCAAUGGCUGCCGCCGAUGACGAUGUCCCAGCGAGCAUUUUGGAAAUUGAACUGCCAGCCAUUUUGCUCAACGAGAGCCUCUUCAUCGAGCUGAAUGGCAAUCUCACCCAGCUGGUGGACUCGACCAGCAAUCUCAGCCAAAUCGCCUGGAAUCGCACUGCAAACGGCAAUGGCAAUGGCAGCAGCAACACUUUCGACCUGGAUGAUGAGCAGCGGGCGGCGGUCGAGUUCUGGCUACUGGUCAAAAUGAUCGUCAUGGCCGUCGUGCUGGGACUCAUGAUACUCGUGACCAUCAUAGGCAACGUCUUCGUAAUUGCCGCCAUUAUACUCGAGAGAAACUUGCAGAAUGUUGCCAAUUAUUUGGUUGCAUCCCUGGCAGUGGCUGAUUUAUUUGUUGCCUGUCUUGUCAUGCCGCUUGGCGCCGUCUACGAGAUAAGUAAUGGAUGGAUAUUGGGACCGGAACUGUGCGACAUUUGGACGUCUUGCGACGUCCUUUGCUGCACAGCAUCCAUCCUGCACCUGGUGGCCAUUGCGGCGGACAGAUAUUGGACGGUGACCAAUAUCGACUACAACAAUCUGCGGACGCCGCGCCGCGUAUUCCUCAUGAUUUUCUGCGUCUGGUUUGCGGCCCUGAUUGUUUCCUUGGCCCCCCAAUUUGGCUGGAAGGACCCGGACUACAUGAAGCGCAUCGAGGAGCAGCACUGCAUGGUGUCGCAGGAUGUGGGCUAUCAGAUUUUCGCCACCUGUUGCACUUUCUAUGUGCCGCUGCUGGUGAUUCUGUUCCUAUACUGGAAAAUCUACAUAAUUGCCAGGAAGCGCAUUCAGCGACGCGCCCAGAAGUCAUUCAAUGUUACCCUAACCGAGACUGACUGCGAUUCCACGGUGCGGGAACUGAAGAAGGAGCGCGGCAAGCGGCGGGCGGAGCGGAAGCGGCUGGAGGCGGGGGAGCGGACCCCGGCGGGCGGGGAGGCGGACUCGCAGGUGCAGCGGCGUGCCCGCAAGCGGAUGCGCAUAUGUUUUGGCCGCAACACGAACACGGCCAACAUAAUUGCCGGAUCAGAGGGGGCGGUGGCCAGAUCGAUGGCCGCCAUAGCCGUGGACUUCGCCAGCCUGGCCAUCACGCGCGAGGAGACCGAGUUCAGCACCAGCAACUACGACAACAAAAGCCACGCGGGCACCGAACUCACCACCGUCUCCAGCGACGCGGACGAUUACCGCACCAGCAACGCGAAUGAAAUCAUCACGUUGUCGCAGCAGGUGGCCCAUGCCACGCAGCACCAUCUGAUAGCCUCGCAUCUGAACGCCAUAACGCCGCUGGCCCAGUCCAUCGCCAUGGGAGGUGCUGGCUGCCUGGCGACGGCCUCGCCCUCGGAAAAGCUGGGGGCAGGAGGCGGAAACGGAGGUGACGGGGAGGUGGCCGGAACAGAGGGCACCAGUCCCGGAAAGAACGCCGGAGUGGGCCUGGGCGGAGUGCUGGCCAGCAUCGCCAAUCCGCACCAGAAACUGGCCAAGAGGCGGCAGCUCCUGGAGGCCAAGCGGGAGAGGAAGGCCGCCCAGACACUGGCCAUCAUCACCGGCGCCUUCGUCAUCUGCUGGCUGCCCUUCUUCGUGAUGGCCCUCACAAUGAGCCUGUGCAAGGAGUGCGAGAUCCACACGGCGGUGGCAUCGCUGUUCCUCUGGCUGGGCUACUUCAACUCGACCCUGAAUCCGGUCAUUUAUACCAUCUUCAACCCAGAGUUCCGACGGGCCUUCAAGAGGAUUCUCUUUGGCCGAAAGGCUGCUGCCCGUGCGCGCAGUGCGAAAAUUUGAUUUCAACUGAAGGAUAACGAGGACCAGUACUUGUAAUUAAGGUCGAGCGAAGAUGAAGCCAAGGUCGGAAUUUACUGAAAGGCAAUGUGCUACGGAAUUGGCAUUGAUAUAGGGCGUAACUAGCAAGUACAGACGAUGUUUUAGCAGUGACAAUCCUAACUAGCUGUAACUAACUAACUAAAAUUCCUCACCACACAAACGUGCCCCAAAAAGACAAAACCCGAAGAAACAAUACAAAAUUGUAACCGAAACCAAUCGAGUAAUGGAAACUUGGAAUUAAGCUAGCGGAUACUCACUAGAUAUAAGUAAUGCGUAUGUAAUUUAUAAAUAUUUCUACAGUCUUCCCUGUGUCUUAAAGAAAUCCAAGCGUAGUACGUUUAGAAACCCUAGAACCCUAAGUAAGAGGAUGGAAUAGUGAUCGCAGAUCGAAAACGGUGAUCGGUUAUAGGCUGGGUCCAAAGAACUUCUUACGCUUUCAUAUUCUGUGUUAGUUAAAGUGUUUAGUUGUAGCCUAAGCAGAGGAAUGCUCAAUUAUUUCAAUUGGAUAAGCACAUUUACAUAGAAGUCAAUAUCAAAAAAUUAACGAAUUUACACCGAAGACCCAUCCACAAAAUGUUGCAUAACACCAUAGGGGUAAGCCACCGACGUCACGGCUAAUUAGGCAAGUACACCCAACUUAAUUCUGCAAAAUUAGCAUAAAUCCAAAACCGAAAGUUAAACUUUUGUUGCUAAUAUUCCCCACACACACACACAUACCAUUGGAAAGCCAGGAAGCCGCAACAAAAAGUUUCAGCCAUGAUACAUGAUAUGCAGUUAUGCGCUACACGCAUUCAUACCUAGUGGUUUAUCAUAUAUGUAGUAUAGUAUUUAUGGUUCAAUUUUUGAAAAGUUUUCUUGUAAAUAAACGGACUUACAGUUUUAGCAAAUAGGAAACCCACAGAACCCCGCAACCACAACAAGAGCAACAACCACUCGAAGAACAACUAUAUAUACAUGUGGGUCUGUGCGAAAGGGCCAUUAAGUCAAUGCUGCAGUUGAAACCUAAUACGCUUCGGUAUGCACAUAUAUGCAUACCUACAUAUGUCUAUCUCGAUAUGUAUUUGUAAGUUGAAUAUUUGUGUGUACGUGUGUUUAUGCCACUUCUCGAUGUGUACUUGAUGUCAAAGUUAUUAAAAUUGUGUUUUAUCAAA